CGGCAUCGUUCGGUCGGGUUCGAAGAUUUGCUCCGGGUCAAAACGCAAGUCGAGAGUGUGCGUGGUGUUUUUUUUUGGUCCUUCUUCUUCUGCAUCUCAUAUUUUUGCGACGCCAUCCUCCUCUCCGCCUCACCACGCGAGUGUAGUUGUGGGCGGAAACAACGGGAGGGCGAGGGCUCGUUCGCACAGUAUCUCUCCGCGAGUGUGUGACGUUGUUGAUUGUGUAGUGCGAAGGUGCAGAAGAAUGAAACAUGAAGAUGGAAAGUGAAGGCAAUCCGGUUGUCAUAUGUUCCAUGGCUCUCUGGUUGCCUACCUGCAGCCGGUUUGGUUGAUUCCGAUGCCCCCAAGGGCCCCAAAAAAUGUAGAAAUUGCGGUUCGCAGGAAUUAAUCGAAUAAAAAAUCAAUUUUGUUGAUUCGAUUCCGCCUGCGGAAAAAAAACAAUCUAAAAAUAAAAGACAAACUGGAAGUCGGAGUGGAAACGAAAAGAAAAACAAGAACAAAAACCAGACGUGUUGAAGUGACAAAACUCGUCGAUUCGUUGAUUCACACUUAUGCAAAUAAGCUCGAAACGGUUCGUCAGCAGAGAUACAUUGCGUUUUGGAUCAAAUACUCCAACUUUUUCGACCAUAUGUUUUAGUAAUCGUCCGGUAAAGGGGGGACUCCACUGCCUGCCAUCGUUCGAUCACUCUUCUCACCCACUUUUUGUUUUUGUUUUGCUCCGCUUCGCCUCUCGUGUUCCCUUGCACACGGUUAGCGUGUUUCCCGCGUGAGACACAACACAUUCAACACAUGGUUGAAGCGUGCGGAGCGGUGCAACUCUUAUGAAAUCCGGCCUAGCCUGGUAGUGAAUGAAGGUAGGAAGCAAAUGGCAGCGAGCUUAACACUAUUACAUGUGUGAUUGUUUAGACGAAAGGUAAACGAUGUGAAAACAAUAAAAAAGAGAGAUAAAAAAAAUCUAAUCUCGCUGCUAAUAUGUGUAAACAGCGUCUGUAGAAGAGAUUGCGAAAAUAAACAACGAAACGAAAACCCAAACAACAUUGAAACCAGUGAAACGAGCCAAUCUGAGCGGUUUUCUCCGCAAAGGUUAUUGCGAAUAAUAAUAAUAACCGUUCGGUGUGCAAUCAAACGAAGAGAACCGAUCGAACCGUAGAUCGCUAAGGGGUAACUAGAAUGUGAUUGUGUCCGCCGAGGGGAAUGUGGUAGUAGUGUCUAUUGAAUCGAGGCGGAUUUCGUGAAUAGGAGUGUAAAAUAAAGGCCUUCGAGGUGGUUUGCUUUGUCACGACGAAUGGCAGGAGCAAGAUAAGUUUCAGCGAGUAGCAGCAGAAAUUGGAUUAAUUUUCAUCCGCGUGGUUUCUCGGUCGCUCGGCUCUGUGGUACAUCACAUCAUCUCCAAAACCAGAUCGCAGCCGACUAGAUAAUCGCACCAAACCGAACACCGGCCAUCGUCAAGCGACCGCCGGAAGAUUUAUGAAACCAAUUUAGCGGCCGAUCUGAGCACGCAAUAGGAAAAAAAGCAAAAGCAAACCAACAGUUUUCCGCCCUUUCCAUUCUGGAUCGAAUUUUACACUGCAGUAUAAGGUGGAGGGUCGCCGCAAUAACAGACAGCUUCGCGGAUGGUGGCAGAGAUUGGUGCAGAGUAAAGUGAAACGAGAAAGAAAAAAAACAGCAUAUAAUUGCAAUGCUGAAAGUGAGAACAACGUGAAAAUUGCAUAGAAACGAUCGCGGCGUAAAAAUACCCAUAAAAUCCACCUCACUAUGGCAACUACCCCGCGUCCGUUGUGAGCACGAGAGGUCUCUCGAUUUUAUUUCACUCUACAACAGCAGCGUCUGGAUGCUGGAAAAUUAAUGGAAUAAAAAUUGUAUCAUCAGCAUCGCGCGGUGUCGAGUGCCAACAGCACUGCUGGAAAACAAAAAACGCGAAAUAAAGGAUGGUAAAGUAAAUAGCAGAGGUGGAAGAAAUUAACGGAAAAUUGUUCGGGUCCGAAUUGUGUCAGUUGUGUAAGCCCGGGUUUUAUUUUUAUUUUGCUCGCCUCGUUCGCGUGGUUCAUCAACUCAUACAUACACAAAUGGUGUUAGAUAAUUCGGGCCGCCACAAAGGCGGAAAGUGAAAAGUCUGGGAAAAUUGGUUCAAGCCCUCGAGAAGAUUUGAUGCCAACUCAUUGUGACGGCAAAGGGGGGCAGUGAAAGUGAGUCAGGAGUCAGGUUGCGCGAGAGCCUGCGAGGGAAACACUCGACGCAGCAAUAAUAGUGGGUGAAUGAGUGGAAAUCAUUAAGAUAAUAUGCAUUUCGUACGUUGUCCGAGUUGUGUUUCGCUCGGUGUGAAAAGCCUACGUCACAAUUGCCUCCGGAGCUGUUAUCUUGACAAGUGAUACAACAACGGCGGCCCUCCGCUUUGGCGGCGACUUUGAAUUAGACCUGUAACCACGGUGCCAUCAUCGAGUGAGAAACGAUGCUUCAACAGCCUGGGCAUACGCUCAGUGCUGACCAAAACCAGCAGCAGCCUUCUCCUCAGCCACCCCAGCCCCAACAGUCGACCCACCCACAGUCCCAACUGCCGGUGAAUCUGCUCUCGUGCCAGCAGCAACCCUCAUCGUUGACAUCGUCCUCCAGUGCGUCAUCGACGCCCCCCAUCCAGGAUGCCAGCCGGUAUCUGGAGACGCUGCAGGAUACGCUCAAGGAUGGCUGGACGGUACACACGGCAAAAGAUGGGCGUCUCUACUAUUGCAAUCACAUCACACGUACUGCAGGAUGGCUUCCCCCAAUCGAGAACUGGGUGCAGGCGAUAGACCUGCCCUACGGCUGGGAGAAAGCUAUCGACCUGAAGGGCCAAUCCUACUAUAUCAACCAUCUGAAUAAAACUACCACCUACGUUGAACCCGAGCGCUAUCAUUAUAAUGAGUCACCGCCGGAACCCCGGCUGGUGGUGCUCCACCGGAGUCCCACGCUGGGCUUUGGAUUCGUGGCGGGAAGCGAGAGACCUGUGAUUGUUCGGUUUGUGACCGAGGGCGGACCUAGUGUAAAUAAGUUGGAACCAGGUGACCAAAUAUUAGCUGUUAAUGGCGAGGACGUCAAGGAGGCACCCCGCGACCAUGUGAUACAAUUAGUUAGAAAUUGCGAAAAUUCCGUGACGCUGCUGGUCUGCCAGCCACGGCUGUACAACUCGGUCGGCCGGAAGUCGACCCUACUAUCCGCCGGCAAGAAGGCCAAGCUGAAAUCACGCCCCAUUCGGGUUCGGUUCGCCGAGAGCGUGUGCGUAAAUGGGGCGCCAUUAUUUCCGCCCUCCGCUUUCUCUCUGGGCGACCUAUGCGUUCCCCCGAUGGCGAACGUGCUCAAAGUUUUCCUGGAGAACGGCCAAACUAAAUCGUUUAAGUACGACUCGACCACAACCGUUCAGGAUGUUGUUACAUCGUUACGUGAUAAACUUUGCCUAAGCACCGGCGAGCAUUUCAGUCUGGUGCUGGAGCACGUAAAAAGUUUGAAACGGAACAAACUGACCCUUCUGGAUCCACAGGAAACCGUAGCUAGGAUAGCGGCCCGACCGGGGGCACACAAAUUGCGCUGCCUGUUUCGGGUGACAUUCGUGCCCGUGUCCGCAGCUGCCCUCGCCCAGAGGGAUCUGAACGCGCUGGAUUAUCUGUUCCUGCAGUGCUGCAACGAUGUGACCCAGGAACGAUUCGCGCCGGAACUCCAGCCGGAAGUGGCACUCCGUUUGGCAGCGCUACACAUGCAUCAGCAUGCGCUUGCGAACAAUAUUUCGCCCGCUAAAUUGACUGUGAAAACGGUUGAACGAGAAUUUGGACUGGAUCGCUUUGUGCCUGCUUCCUUGAUCGACGGUAUGAAACGCAAGGAGCUCAGACGUUUGCUUGGACAUUUCCUCAAAUUAAACUCCCAGAUGACGGGCUCGUCAACAAAAAUGUUGACGCAGUUACAGGCGAAAAUCCAUUAUUUGGAUAUAAUCUCCGGGCUGCCUAGUUACGGUGCGAAAUGCUUCAGCACGAACCAGCGGGACGGCGUGGAACGGGUUCUGCUAGUUAGUCCUCGCUUCGGAUUGAGCCAGAUUGCGGGUGUGCGGAACACGGUGCCGCAGCCAAUUUGCAACAUAGAGGACCUCAACCGUGUCGUUGUAAUACGGGACGACGACGUAUCCAGCACGGUCACCGUCUUCAUCAACCCGGAUCGUGUGAUCAACUUCGCAAUGGAGGACCGAGAUGCCUGUGAAUUCGCUAUCGUGCUCGCGGGAUAUUAUCGACUUAUGGCCGGUAAGGAACUUCCCCUGGAACAGGAGCGUGACAUCACCGUGGAGGAAUUGGCGCCGCCCUAUCUUUCGCAGCACUCCGUCGCACACGCUUGCUGGAGUUACCUUCCCUCGGAGAAGCAAACCCACAGUAUGGCCUUCCUGAUGCCGCCACCGUACCAUUCGACCAAAACGAUGUACAUUCCUUCGAAAUCGGACGAUUGCGAUCGGAACAUGAACAACACGUUGACGUCGAAUAAAAAUCUCAAGUUGACCGGUCAUGACGAGUACGGUUUCGAGAUGCACAACCCGCGUGUCUCCAGAGACGGCUUGGAGCGGGCUGGAAUUCCCCACAAACUGAACAUGUCUGAAGCGCGAAAUGAAGAGGUUCUACGAAGGGUAGCGGAAAUGCAAAAAAUGGUAGAGAGUUCUGAGCGAUACUUGAACGAAAAUGGCGAGUAUUGUCAUGAGUUUGAUGUGCGACCUGGUAAGCUUAAUCUGUGGCACGAAACGUCCGUUGACGUCGAGAGCGACUGUGAGAGCUUAAACAGCAGUAAACAGUCUUCGAAUGAGGAUGCUCCAGGAGUGCUGAAACACAGUGACUCUCUUACCCUUCUCACGGAAACCAUCAACCAAGGUCUCGAUGGUAUUGCCAAGGGAUUGAACUCAAUCUACACAGCACCAUUCAGCGAAGUUAAUGGACGACUUGAAAACAAUUCCGCGCAAGGUACCCCUAAAAGUCAACGGAAAGCUCAAGGUUUAAGCCAAAUCCUAAACGAUUUACAAGCUUUGGGAAAUGAUUUGUCGCAAAGUGAGAGCGAUUCGGAAUCAUUAUACACCCCGAACAGUUCACCAAUCCAUAAAAACUCAAACCAAAUGCCUCAGAAUAACUUAAGGAACAAAACGUUGCGUACAAGUUUCGGUCUUCACAGUCCCGAUAGUUCCAUUUUAGGUUGUGAUACGAAGGACAUGAAUCUGAAGGAGUAUCUUCGACAGUUGAAAGAGGCCAGCAGUGGUGAUAGUGCUGAUAACACAGACUUAGCAGCGAAGAAAAUUGCUGAACUGUAUGGUUAUGAGAUUGGCGAGGACACUAUCAUUGAAACGGAUCCAGAUAUAAUAGAUCUACGAUCUAUUCCUCCUCCCCAGACUCCGGAUGAGUUGGAUAAUUUGAACGUUCUUAGCGUUCCACCUACAGGAUUCGAUGAUGGAUCAAACCCCGCCAAUACAACCAACAAAGAUGAAUCGUCCGCAAUGGAAACCGUAGUUGGUGAUCUGGAGGAAUUCCUUAAAAAGGUAACGAUAGCACCCCCUACACAAAAGAUUACUCCAGCCGUAGAAUUGACCCCGGAAGAAAUCUUAUCGUACAUCAUUCCUCCACCACCGGCAUUAGCAGAUGGUGACCCAGGCACAAAUCAUCCCAAGAAAUCUGCACUGAAAAACAACCCCUCCAGUAUUCAGCACCUAGCUAACAACGGCAUUACCAGUGCUAAAAACGUGAACCACGUGACAGAUGAUCCCCCAGUGCCAAAGCCAAGGUUCAGUAAUGAGACUAACUCCACGAAUAUAUUGGCUAAGUGCGAUAAGUCACGAUUCGACGUGUAUUAUCCUCCUGAGAUGUGUGGUACGAAAAACAAUGAAUACGACCUUUACAGUAACUCAGAAGCCGCAAACGCUAACUCAGUGGCAACCGCUUCGGAGAAAACAAAUGGUCACGUAAUCGAAUACCCCACUGUAGAUAGGAAGAGUCCAUUCUCCUGCUGCUCAAAAUCGAAAAAAGAAAAGGCUGAAGAGUCUGCCGAUGCGCAAACUUCGAACGGUGUCUCGAGGGCAGGCGCACGUUCGGAAGAGCUGACACUUCCUCCGAAACGGUGCCAACACACAACGGAAACCAGUCCACCCGAACGGCCUCCAAAAAGUGUCGAGCUUCAACUCAAACUGAACUCACCAAUUCGCUCUCCGAACUAUGCGAAAACCAAUGGCAAUGCCGGUAGCUAUUAUGAAGUAGAUCCACCUUCACUACCACCCCGAUUUGAGAAACAAUCCACAACUCCGCCGCCGGUUACUGUUUCUGCGUUACCCCCAAGGAAACCUCCACUACCACCGGUUCCCUUGAAACCCUGUAUUCGCAGCCCAGUUCCAAUUCUCAAAAACCCUGUUACGUACACCAUCUCAAGUUCUGCCAAUAACUCACCGGUUCGAACGGCCGGUAUUGGUUCUCCCCACUUUCAUCGCAAUCCGAAUUGUUAUAGGGAGAUUGAACGCGCUUUCAACCGUGACGACAUCACCGAUAAACCUCCACAAUCAAUGUCCCCAACGCCGACUAACCGCCAAAAUGGUCACUACCGAUCGCAUAGUGACUGUCCAUCAGUUUGCCUGAAGAAUCCACCCGCGGAUGGCAAACCCCAACUGUCGCUUCUAUGUUCCCCACAAAUGACUCGCAAAACAAACGUCAGCAAUCCGGGUAGUCCGAUACUGUCCAGCAAAAAUGGACACGUGCUGAACGUGGACACGCUUAUGGCAAAAACGGAUGUAGCGAUGGCAGGUCUGCUGGUGAAGCUAGAUCAAGUGGCAGCCAUGUGCUCCGCGGCCCAAACUGCGGGCGGUGGCACGAGUAUCGACGAAGAGAAGUUCCAAUACGCCAAGGACGAACUCACCGACCAAUCGCUACAUCUGGUGACGGCUUCGAAACAUCUCGUAGUAUCAAUGUCGGACGCAAAUCUCACCAACCUUCCGGAACAUUUAACCGCAUGCCUUUCGGCCCUGCGAAGAAUCACCGAGCUUGCCCAGGACCUAACCCGCUACACUUCGGCACCCCUCCAGACGCGGAAUAUCGUGUUGAAGAUUCACGACGUGGCAUCCAGUUUUCGGGAGCUGGCGUGCGUCAAGGUGGGGCCGCUCGGAGCCGGACAGCUCGCUCUGCACGCUGAAUGUUUGGCCAAUAUGUUAGCCACGCUGCUGCGCAGUUUACGAGUUUUCUCACCCUAAAAAUCUGGUCCCAUUUGUUUUGUGGGCGAAGGGUAAAGUGUAAAUAUCGCUAACGGGAAUAAUUGAGAUUAAUUUUUGUACGUUACAUUAAAUUGUUACUGUUUUUUCUAUGAAGUGCAGUGCAGCGUUUUGUUGGAAUAUUAGAUCGUAAAAGAUUAUAUGCGUUGACAGAGGUUGUUAUUAAUUAAGAAGUAUUAGAAAACCAGAAAAAAUUAUGAAGAAUAAGGAACAGAUUCACACCAAGGCAAUGAAAUAUGACCCAUCCGUGAUCCGAUGAUAUUUGAGCUGAGUAGCGAAAAUGUGAGGAAUUAUGAUUGAUAAUUAAUGAUGAACAUUCCUAUUUUUUGUUUGACCAACAAAAACUCAAAAUUGCGCAGAUUAGAGCAUAUUCUCCGUUGAACUGAAGCACAUAACAAAGGAUUUCGCAUACAAAUCGAAAGAAAAUUGGCCAUCUUCCGUGUGCUACCCUCGAAGUUUUUUUUUUUUGGACAUAGAACUACGUCUUUCAGGAAGGGUGCCAAAUCAGAAAACAGGUCACGUUUUAAUGAAAUAAAGUUAACGUUAAUAACUAUUUUCACUGUGAACGAAUUCUCAUGACUUGCAUACCAAUCGUAUCGGAAAUUUUCUAAGAUUUGUUUGAUAUGCUAUACAUUACAAUUCGCUAAUCUCUAAACGGUUUAAAUUCAUGAAAACUGGUAGAACUUCCUUUUUUGCCAUACAUUUGUUCUGUCGAUUUGUGUGCCAACCCUACCCGUAUUUCGAAUGCUUAGCUCUCGAACAUUUCUUAACAGAUCGGAAAGAUGUUUGUAUCAAUUGAUAGGAAAUAUUCCUACGCGUCUAUCACAAUUAAUAAAUUGUUAUUUUUCAUGAGAUGAACAAUUGAAUAAUUGUAUAAUGUCGAGCGUUCUCUAAACGCCCUAACUGUCAAGUUUUGAUCGGCCCGAUUUACGGUUUCCCCAACACAGACUUAAAAAUCGAUGUACCUGUGGAAAUCCGCUUUGAAAAUAUACAUGCAAGUCGGAGGUAUUUUUGUUCGCAUUGAGCUGUGUUUCUCUAACACGGACUUCAAAAUUAAUGUGCCUGGGGGAAUCCGCUUAUCCGAAAUACAGUGGAACCCCGAUUAUCCACGGAAUAGUCGGGCUAGCUCACCGCGGAUCACGAGAAUCGCGGAUAACACAACAAAUGACUAAAAAUGAGGUGCAAACACAAAAAAAAGCAGAUAUUUCAGUAUGAAAACAAUGUUUUAUCAAUACAGGAAUCAUUGAACUAUCCAUCUGUAAGGUCGUGUACACCAGUAGUCAAAUAAUGUGAAAGUCAUGACCAAAACAGAAGAACAAAAACAGGAAGUGGGUUAUAUCUAUGGUAUAACUGCAAGGGUGACGUAGGACUAUCGUUGAUUUAGAGAUCAUUUGUAUGAAGUUGAAUCUGAAUUCAUUCUGAAUGAAUGAAUAUUUGGAGAACUUCGAAAACGAGAGCGUUACGUUGGAGGCACAAGGUUUUAUGCAUCCAAUAUUGGAUACGGAAAUAUCCUACUGAUGGGGAAGAAUAAUCUUCAGAAGCUAUCCUGUUGAUUGCGAUUGAUUGAAAAAUCACAAAACCUAAUGUAUUUGAUCACAGUGUUACAUGGAUAGAAAACAUUCAAAUAAACUCUUUCACAUGAAUGUAUUUCUAAAUUCCUAGAGGAACUGGCAGAUUAUUUUCCGGAUCUUUCUCGAUCCAAACGGAAAGAAUUCCGUGCGUGUAUGUGUGUGUGUGUGUGUGUAGCGGCUGCUUCGAGAUCUUCCCGGGGAACCGUUUGUAGCAUCACUCUCCUCCUGAUGGAUUCCCUUCUGGCCUAAGGUGCACAAACAGGCUCUUGGUGACACCGUUCAUCCGCGCUUUCAUGAUAAAUGAAGAGCUUCACCACAACAGCGACAACAUGCUCCAAUCGCUGUUCAAUUAGAACUGAGUGGAUUUCCGAGCGGCGCUCGCUUAUAUACCGAUUGAUGAUUUCAAUAGCCUAUUUUGAAAGCAAAUUUAAGACUAUUGAAACAAGUUUUUGGAUCAGAAAGUAACAAGUAUAGAACGCGUAGACAUUUUAUCUUUCGAAUGAAGUGUUUAUCAUACCAUUUCGUUCAGUUGUUUAGGAGCUAUUAACACUCAAAAUCUCGGUCUUCGGCGUAACGCUUUCGUUUUCGAAACUUUGAUUUUACACCCCAGUAUAGAAAUGAAAGACGUAGUCCUACGUCAAAACCUACCACUCAUUGUCAAAUUUAGGGUAGGUUCAUAGAAUUACUAUAGAACUCGAUUUCGCGGAUAAACCGCACCGCGGAUCAUCCGCUCGCGGAUAAUGGGGGUUCUACUGUACAUGCAAGUCGGGGGUAUUUUUUGGUGUUGAGUACUUUUGUACUCGCUUGUCGUUGUGCAGACCGGAAUAUGUUUCCCUAAAACGAACUUUUGAACUGAGAAGCCUGGGAAAAUCGUCAUUUCAGAUACUAGAGGUGAAUGAACUUUCGCGGUUCGAGAACUACGUAAACAUGAGAUGUGCAAUAAUUUCGAAGGGAAAUGUAAAAUACAAUGAUCGUUUGACAAUUUUUCCGUUCACAUAUUUUGGUAGUCCUAGGCAUCAUAUCAAAUGUAAAAGGACGUUCAUCAAAUUUACUUGUAACGAAGAACAUAAUCUAUUAUAAAUAAUUCGAUGCAAUCUAAAAUAAUAUUCGAAGUGGUAAACAAGUGGAUUACAUAAUAUAAUUGCAUAGUCCUACGUCGAAAAUAUGCGGUCGUGUCCUAGAUACAACCCCUUACAAUUUUUUUCCAAUUCAAUAAUUUGUAAGGCUCAAUCACAUAAGCUUUGCAGAGCCCCUAAUUCAAAACAAAAUUUGUUUACAGAAAAUUUCGUCUUAAUUAUAUAUUUAGUAGGACCCGACCAAAUACUCGCGGUUUACUCGAUGUUAGAAGGGCGACAAUUUUUGUGGGACUGGUCAGUUUAGGAAUAUGAAUAAGGGGUACUGUUGUCUCAACAGAGAGCUGCCACACGCAUUAAAAAAGCAUUAAAUACUUAUACUAGACCGUUUCACAAACACAUAGGGCCUGAUUCUCGAAUACACUACGAAUACACUUCACGGUGGAAACGGAAUGUAAUGUAUCCGCGAUGACAACGGUACGGUGUCGACAUCUGGAUAUGAGAUUAGUUUCCCACUAAACUUAUCAUUAUAAUAUCAAAUUAUCUUCAGAUGAAAUUUUUGUAUGAGAUUAUUAUAUCACAUAAAGAAAACAAAGUUUUCCACUCACAUUGAAUACCAGUUUGAUACGAACAAGUUAAUUUUCAUUAAUGAUUUUUUAUUUGAAAAUUGCUCAUUCUGCCUGAAAACUCAGCAUUAUCAUCGACACUUCACUAACACGUAAAACGUAGUUCAAUGGCGUGCCGUUUAUUUCGUUUCCACCGUUAAGUGUAUUCGAGAAUCAGGCCCAUAGAUCGACUGCAUAUAGCAGAUGUCGCGAGUUCCCAACCCGUCUCUUAUAGGAACAUAGGUUUUUUUUCUUGAGUCUCAAGGGUAUUUAAAAGGUACUCUCUGACUGCGUAAUCAUCCAUACAUUGCCAAACUGCGUGAUCGAUGUCAUCGUAACCGUUUCCACACCGACAUUGACAUUGCUUUGAACAAGAUUUAUUCUGUAGAGAUGCACAUCUAGCGAGUAGUGGUUGGACAUAAGUCUCCUCAUUACACGAAUGAAGUCACGACUUACGUAUCUUAUACUUACGUAUCGCCACACACUACAAUAGGAAGAAAAAGGAAAUUUACAUAAAUCCAUUGGGAGUGGUGUCAAUAGAUCUAGGUCUUUCAGUAGUUGGAAGUUGGGUUACAUUCCAUUAGUCUUGACUGCAUCCCAGAUAUAGCUAACCCUUCCCUGGUUUCUUGGGAUUAACUACCACACCUAAUGGUAAAUAUAUAUAUACAGCCAUUCCAUGCCAAACUGAUAUAGUGGUUCUCAUAUUUCUAUGAAAAGUGGUAGUUUUGUUCUUUAUUGCAAUAUAUUAGACCCGUUUUUUAUAUUUUUUCGUUAGAACGCAUAUUUCCAUUUUAGGGUGGUCCCAAAAAUCUACUUUUUCCACUUUUUCUCAUCUCUGAUAUCGAGAUAUGUUAUGUAAAAAAUCCUCAGCUUUCAAGGAAAAAUAUAAAAAAGCGUCCUCUAGUCCAAAGCCACGAAAACAAUAAAAAACGACUACAAUCAAUAAUAGCGAAAACAAAGUUCUUUUUCCUUGCAAGUUCAAUAUUGAAAGGCUAACUUUAAUUAGCAGACUUUAAUUAGAUAUUUCGAUCAUCUAAAUCGGUUCAGUAGUUCAAAAGUUAUGAAUUUAAAAAAAAACAUUUUUGGGAAAAAAGUUAAAAAAAUUGAUUUUUCGGACCACCCUGAAAUGAAAAUGGACACCUUAAUAAAAAAAAAGAAAAUACGGGUAUAAAGGUGCAUCAACAUUAUGCCGAAUGCCGUCAACGCGAACUUAUGUCGUUUUGUUUUGGUUAGACUUUCUUUGAUGACCGACUUGCUUCGGGUUGGGUUCGGUAUGAUUCGAAUCGGUUUUCGGCACGUCGGUACACUUAUUCGGCUUUACCAGGCGGCCAAACAACGUCGUCGAACAACCGGGCAUGAAUCAGGCCUGAUAACUUCCCACAAAUCUACUUACUAUUGCCGAUAGACGGCGGAAGAGGAUCUGAGACAGAAUUUUGUAGGUACCAUUCAGGACUGUGAUGGUACGAUAGUUACCACAAUCCAGCUUGUCACCUUUUUAUAUAUGGGGCAGAUUACCCUGUCUUUCAACUCUUCCGGUAGCUAUUCUGUGCCCCAGAUCCUGACUAUCAACCGGUGCAUACACUCUACAAGUUUUCUCGGACCUCCCUUGAGGAGCUCCGCUACGAGGCCAUUCUUACCAGCUGCUUUGUGGUUCUUGAGCUUAUUAAUGGCCUCCUUAACUUCACCCAUCGUCGGGGGUGUUACGUCGUCGUUGUUCACUGCACCGGUGUAGCCAUCCUCAACACCAUCUUGGUCUCCUGUCUGCGCGCUGUUUAGAUGUUCAUCGUAGUGCUGCCUCCACCUUUCGAUCACCUCGCGUUCGUUCGAUACCUCCUUCCUUGUUCCUGCACAUUUCGGCUCGCGGCUCAAAGCCUUUGUGUGAGACUUUUACUUUCUUGAAGAACUUCCGCGAUUCUCGAGAACGAAAAAAGCAACUCCAUCUGCUCACACUAUUUCUCUUCCGGGCAGCGCUUUUUUGCCGAAAGAGAUGUGUUUGCUGCCUUCUCUUCAGUCUGAUGCAUUAUUGUAUGGAACCAUAUUUCAUUGCUCUGAGUGUAUUCGCAAAUCCGACGGAAGCCUAAGUUCGUUUUCUAAUGUUUCAAACCAUAUACUAAUCUUAUAGCUCUAUUUAAACUAAACAAACACAAUUGACAUUACACUGUAAGACUUCGGUUUAUUUAGUGAUAGAAAAAUUAGUUGAAAAUUCUCCACACAGAAAUAGGGAAGAAUGAAAUGAUAAUAACUCUUGAUACUAAAUGUGCAAACAAGCAUCUAUAGGAUAUUUAUUAUAGGCGAAAUCAAUCAGUGUUUCAAAAUAUCGAUAAAAUAAGUUGUCAAGCGGGAUCAACCAAACAAAUGCAAACAGUUAAGUAACUGUAUAACAACAAACUACUAAUUCCCUUCAAACAGCAGGAUUCAAUCUGUUGCCGAGGAUUCGUAGUGAAUAAGUUGUUAACACAUUGGAGGAACAAGUUCUCCCCUCAUUAUGUAACACAGUAGUUAUGAUAAAUGCUAAACACAAUAGUUAAGGAACCAAUUUGUGUAAAGCAGGCAAGUGUAAGCAUGUGCUGAUCACAGUGCUUCUGUGAUGUCAGCGAAGCUGCAUCACAAUCUGCUUGCGAAACGGAAUUGUCAUCCAUAUAUGUUUGAUGUAUGACAAUACUAAAACUAACGAUAGUGUAAUAAGGAUAUAUCAGCUAAUCCAUACUCAUUAAGCGACAAAUAAGCUCAUUAUAACAUUGAAAAGAGUUGCAUAACUAGCAUAGCAGAUUAAGUUUGAGGUUAAGGCAAAUACAGCUUUUUCAGCUAUUUGGGCCAUAUCAGAUAAUAGUACCAAAUUCAUAUCCACCAAAAAUAUCAGAAUAAACCUCCUAUUUUGCACAUUUCCCCAUCCUAGCAUAAUCGAGUGUCAUAUCUGCAAAACAGCCAACGUGUACUAAACCAUGAAACCGCGUCCAACCCCUUGAAGAAUUCGCUUCGUGUCAUUCUCGAUAUAUUUAUUAAGUUUACUUCAAUGUUUUGCUUGUUAUUUUAAUUUUAAAGUUUUUAUAAUUGUUAUUUAUGCUGCUCGUAGAAAGAAUCAUUUUAUUGCAAACCCACGUUUUAAUGAUGUAUCUGCAAAACAACCGAGGAGAGUUCAGCUAGUCACUUUUAUUCAAACAUUUUGCGGUCGCAUUUAAACGUCAUAUCAUUCCGAAAUCAUGCAAGCUUAAGUUCAGAAUAAAACACAUCAUUUUAUUGGACGGCUAUCCAAUUCCCAAUAAAGAUAAAAGAAUAUCCAACAGAAACGUUUCAAAAACAUACUAAAAGUAAUGAACGUCUAUAUCGCUAGCCAGACAAAUGUUAUCGACCACACGUUACAGCAUGUUCGCCAGCAGCAACUAUAAAGAAAAUGGAGACACAAAAAUGUCCCAGAAAUGAAUUUCUGUGGAAAAACAAUCCCAAACAAAUAAUCGAUUGAAACAAAGUGAACAACAAACUUUCGAAAAAGAAUGAAGCAAAAAAAACUUUAUCAUACUUGCUGUAGCAAAUGAAUCCGUAAAAUACACAAUAAAGUGCAACCGACAAGUAGAUAAGUGACUAAUAAAAUUAG